AUGACUGCUCGCAAAUGCGCCGGCGUGGACUGCCCAAAUGAUGCGGGCACUCUCCAAUGUCCCACCUGCCUGAAAAUGGGUACUGACAGUUUCUUCUGCUCGCAAGAUUGCUUCAAGCGGAGUUGGAGCGAGCACAAGUCUAUUCACAAGAAGAGUAAUCUCCUUGCCAACCUUUUUCCUCCGAAAGUAGUUUCUGAACCUGAUCCAGCAACCGGCCACUUCAAUCCCUUCCCCGCCUUCCCCUUCGCCGGCUCGUUACGUCCUGUAUACCCACUGUCCGCCACACGCACCAUUCCUAAGGCCAUCCCUCACCCCGAUUAUGCCCGCGAUGGUAUCCCGCGCUCUGAGCAGAAGCUCGUCGGCCGCCACACUAUCAAAAUCCUGAACAAGGAAGAGCAAGAGGGCAUGCGCGUUGUGUGUCGCCUCGCGCGCGAAGUUUUGGAUAUCGCCGGCCGCGCAUUGAAACCUGGAGUGACCACCGAUUACAUUGACGAGGUGGUUCACAAGGCCUGUAUUGAGCGCGAUUCCUACCCUUCCCCCCUCAACUAUAUGCAGUUCCCCAAGUCCGUCUGCACCUCUGUUAACGAGACUAUCUGCCACGGUAUCCCCGACCAACGGCCACUGGAGGACGGUGACAUCGUCAACAUUGACGUCACCCUUUACCACAAGGGCUUCCACGGCGAUAUCAACGAAACCUACUACGUCGGAGACAAGGCGCUCGCUAACCCCGAAGCGGUGCGAGUGGUGGAGACUUCGCGCGAGUGUCUGGAGAAGUCGAUCGAGCUGGUCAAGCCCGGCAUGCUGUUCCGCGAUCCCGGAAAUGUGAUCGAGAAGCACGCCAAGUCACGCAACUGCAGUGUCGUCAAGACUUACUGUGGUCACGGCAUCAACCAGCUCUUCCACUGCGCCCCCAAUAUUCCUCACUACGGCAAGAACAAGGCUGUCGGAACCGCGAAGCCUGGCAUGUGCUUCACCAUUGAACCCAUGAUCAAUAUUGGUACCCACCGUGACCGCACAUGGCCUGAUGACUGGACGAGUACUACCCAGGACGGAUCGCUGUCCGCUCAAUUCGAGCACACUAUGCUAGUGACCGAGGACGGCGUUGAGGUUCUCACGGCCCGUUUCCCGGAUUCACCGGGUGGUCCAGUCCCGAUGCCAGUGACGGAGAACGGGAAUUAA